GUUAACCCGAAGUGAAAAGCAACAACCACAGAUAUAAACACUUCCUCCACCACGGAGGUUAGUCGACCAGUAAACACGAGGUCGUUGUAAAUAUUCUAUGAUAACGAUUAACGGUCCCCCCUCGCCACUUACACAUGACGUAGUGGAUGUCGGUUGAGCGGUGGAAGUUGAUGUAUUUUUAAUAGCAAUUUAACGGAUUUCCGUCCGGAAUGAGUGACGGACGACGAGUUUAAUAAAUUGCAUGCUACAGGUUGUCUGUAUAGUGUCUGCUGCAGCAAACCAGUUACCAUUAUUAUUAUUAUUAUUACGCCGUCGUUACUCGUUUUAGUCAUUAAAUAUUUUAUAUUUUUAUCAUAAUAUCAUGAUGCACAUGACUUCUACGACCGGCGCCAGAACGAGUAUCGUUCACGAUUAUUUAUGUAUAAAAUUAAUAUUAUCAUUAUCAUUAUUUUAUUAAUAUUGUAAUAUCAAUGUAGUCUAAGCAGCUAUCUUGUAAAUAAUUAAGUUUUAGUUUUUAAUUUUUGUUUGUUUUAAUUUAAACCCUCAAUCUUUUAUAAGAUGUAAGUCAUGUGAAACUAGGUAGGUACUAACAGUCCAGCGAACAGUCACAAUGGCCAAGUUUGUCGUUGAAUUUUCUCCUCCGGAAAAAAUUAAAUCGGAGCCAUACGAUGUUACAGAUUCAGUUGUAAAUUAUCGUAUGGUAUUAGCACCAUUUCAGAAACAAACUCAAAUAGAGUUUAACAACAUUAAACUCAAAGAAAUUGCAGUAAGAUUUUUAACAGUUGUCAAUCCACUUGACAGACAUGGACAGUUUGUUUUACCUCCUCCAAGUGAUGGUGUUUAUUUUGAUGUUUAUAAAUUCACCUUAGAACCUAAUUCUCAACGUGAGUUAUCAAUAACUUGGCAACCAUCUCAAUACGGAAAUAUGCGUAAACUAAUUAAAAUAGAACAAAUUGAUAAUAACAAAAAAUAUGAUUUUGUUAUUUUGGGAAAUUGUAAUAGUCCUCCAUACACAAAGUUAAAGGGUGCUACAUCAAAAACUUCAAAAUCAAAAAUUUCAUAUUCGACUAAAAAACAAUUAAAACGCGAACAGAAAAAAGUACUGCCAAAUAAGACAAAUCAUAUCACUUCGAAUGAAAAAAUUAUUCCAGUUAAAAAUCCUGUAAAUAUACCAGAACCUAUUAGUGAAGAAACAUUACCUAUCAGACGACAAACCUAUUUAGUUGGAGAAAAAGAAAAUCUUCCAAUUUCUAAAAAAAAUGUAUUGGGUAGAGACACACUUCUUACAAGUCCUGAACGCAGUAUUAAACGCCCCGAUCAGAAACGUCAAGAUCACGUUUUUAAUAAUCAUUUUAAUUUAAAGAAUUUAAACAAUAGUUCUAGUCCAAUGAGUGAUGAUUCAUUAGAGAAACCAUUAAACAAAAUUAUUAUUAACAAUUCUCAAUUAAAUGAUUUCUAUUUAACACCAUUAAAAAGUACUGAAAACUUACUUUCUCCAUUCAGUGUUAAGAAACAAUUUAAUAAUUUUGAUGUCACUGAUGGACCAUUGGUUUCUACUUUAUCAAAUUCUUUUAUAUCCAGUCCACAAGAUGAUUUGGCUGCAGUUUUAACUGAUACUCCAGAAAACCAAAAUUCAAGCAAUGUGUGUGUGAAUCUCUGGAAAAAAUUUUUAAAAUCACCUGAAGAUGAAUUAACUAGUGGUGGUACAAAUGUUUGGUCACAUACUGUUAACUCGCGACCUUUUACAUCUACUUCAGAAGUUGAAUCUAAUGACUUUGUACAAAAAUUUGAAAUAUCACCUACACAUAAUAUUCAUCAACAUACAAUGAUUACCUGGAGUGGUACAAAACCAAAAAGACCAUCAUUUUCUAUUAAGAACUCUCUUUAUUACAAAUGUAGUCCGAAAACAUCAAUGACAUCUAAGAAUAAAGUAAAACAAUGCAGUACAAAUCAACGAACUACACGUUUGAAAACUCCUAAACUAGAUAAGUACGAUGAAUAUCUUAAGAGCUUAGCAAAUCCACAACUCCUGUAUCACAAUAAUGCUGAAGAUCCAUUUUUAAAAAUGUCUGAAUAUUAUGAAGCAGAAUGGUUAGAUCAGCAAGAAUCUGAUAUGAUUCGUUGGUUAAAUGCAAUGCUUACACCAUCUGAAAAGCUGGUAGAUGAAGAACAUUCUAAUGAGUUAGAGCAAGCAGCCAUGGCUUGGGUAGAAGCAUCCAAGACAUGUCAUAAAAAUAAACCUAUGCAAUUUGCCACUCAAAAAGAUCUGUUUGUUGCACAAAUGUACCGGCAGUCACCACAACAGUGGAGUGCAUUGCGCAAAGCUACAACAAAUCUUAUUACAUCUUCAAAUGUAACAUCUGUCCUAUCAAAAUUAACCAUAUCGAUCGAAAAGGAUCUCAUAACGUUACGAGAUGAUCGUCAAAUACAUUUGGACUUGAGUUUAAAGAAAAAAAUUAUUGAUUUGCUAAAAUGCUAUAAUCCAUUAUGGUUUCGAAUUGGCUUGGAAGCUAUUUAUGGUCAAAUUAUUCAUGUGAAGUCUGGAUCUAAUGAUUUAGAUGGUAUUGGCUGGUUUGUUCGUAAACAUCUGUUUAAUAAUGAUUAUGUCAAACAAAAAUUUAUCAAAACAACUGUACUUCAAAUGAACCUCCCUUCAUACAAUACUGCUAUGAAAAAGUUUAUCUUAAGAAAAAUGUUUAUGCUUAUAUACUUUUUGGACCGUGCUAAAGAACAUCAAUUAAUCAGACAUAAUCCAUGCUUGUUUAAAACAAAUUCACCAUAUAAAAGUAGUUAUGACUUGAUGAUGGGAUUUUGUGCAGACAUGGUAACUGCACAUGGAGACAUAGUACGUCGCUUAAGAAGUAUUGGUUACAACUUGACUCACAAACAAACCCAUUUGGAUGAAGUAAAUUAUGCAGUUAAGUCUCUAAAUGACCUAAGAGAUGGCACUAGAAUUACUAGAGUUGUGGAAAUCUUAUUUAAAGGCAAUCCACUGUCUCAAAAAUUAAGACUUCCAGCCAUUUCAAAGUUACAGAAAAUACAUAAUGUUAAUUUAGCACUCACCAGAAUAUCUGAGCACAUAACUAUCGAGGGCAACAUAACCACCCGUGAUAUUGUAAACGGCCACAGAGAGAAAAUGCUAUCGUUAUUCUGGCAGAUUAUCUACAAGUAUUUAACCCCGCGGUACAAUAACGCUGCAACAAAAAUCCAAAACUGGUGGAGAAAUAGCAGUCUGAAACUGGUCAUAUCCAAAAAAAUCCGAGCAAAAACGAUUGCCAAGCGUCACACGGCCGCUACUACUAUACAAGCUCGCGUUCGAGGGCAUUUGGUUAGAAAAAAAUGGCCUCAAUUGCGAGCAGAACUGGUAAAAAACCGUGAUAUGUUGCAUACGGCUUCCAACACGAUCAAACAUUAUUUAAAAGACAAAUUGAAACUGUUGACGGACGAUCGAAAACGGUUUAUAAUUUUAAGGAGAACGGUGGUAUUCGUUCAGAAAAAAUAUAGAAACAAGAUGGUUAUGGUCAAAGAACGACAGAAGUAUUUGAAAUCCAAACGAUCGGCGAUAAUCAUUCAAAAAGUAUUUCGAGGUUUCAAGUUGCGGAAAAGCUGGCCUGAAAUCAAAAAUAAUCUAAUCGCGGAAAAAACGAAACGAAUCGCCGCGGUCAACGUGAUCAAGCGACUGUUGCGGAAGAACUUGUCGCCGACACAAGACCGCCUAACGUAUCUGAAAUUAAAGCGUGCAGUGUUGUACGUGGAAAGCCGGUACGUUGCGAACAAAACGAUGAAAUCGCAAACGAAACUGUACGCCUCCCUAAAAAGCGCCGCGGUUUGCGUGCAGAGGCGGUUUAGGGCCAACGCGGCGAUGAAAAGAGAACGGGAAAAUUAUCUGAGGGCCAAACGGUCGGCCGUGACGGUGCAAAGAGCGUUUCGCGGUUACGCGGCCAGGAAACGUUGGCCGGACCUGCGAGACCGUCUGACGGCGGAAAACGAGAGGCGGACCGCGGCGAUAAACACGGUCAAACGGGCGCUGCGGAAAAACCUGCCGCCGACGCGGGACCGUUUGGCGUUUUUGACGCUGAAACGGUCCGUGUCGUACGCCGAAAGUCGGUACGAGGCGAACAAAAUGAUGAAACGGCAAGCGGAACGGUACGCCGCCCUGAAACGGGCCGCCGUGUUCGUGCAGAGACGGUUCCGGGCCAACGCGGCGGCCGCCAGAGACCGACAGCACUACUUGAACUGCCGACGGUCGGCCGUGCUGAUACAGAAAACAUUUCGGUGUUUCGCGGCCAAGAAACGCUGGCCGGCCACGCGAGAACGGUUGCGGCGGGACGCGGAAAGGCGCCGCGCGGCCGCCGACACGGUGAAACGGGCGCUGCGGCGGAACCUGCCGGCCACCCGCGAGCGGGCCGAGUACGUGGCGUUGAGGUCGGCGGCCGUGUACGUGCAGCGCACGUGGCGGGCCAAGUACCUGAUGCGGGUGCAACGGGAAUGGUACACGACGUCGCAGUACGCCACCGUGUACGUGCAGCGGACGUUCCGGGCGAUGGUGGCCAUGCGGACGGGCCGCCGGGAGUACCUGCGGGCCAGACGGUCGGCGGUGCUCAUCCAGAAGGUGUACCGCGGCUACGUGGCCAGGCGCGUGUGGCCGGACGUCCGGGACCGGCUGGCGGCCGACCGGGAGCAGCGGACCCGCGCGGCCGACGUGAUCAAGCGGGCCCUGCGGCGCCGGUUGCCGGUCACCGCCGACCGGCUCCGUUACGAGCGGCUGAGACGGGCGGCGGUGGCCGUCCAGCGCCGGUACCGCGCGAACGCGGCGGCGCGGACGCAACGGCAAGCGUACCUGUCGCUCAGGCGCGGCGCGUUGGCGGUGCAGCGGCGGUUCCGGGCCAACCGGGACGGGAGACGCGACCGCGGCCUGUACGAGCGGCUCAGGGCCGCGGCCGUCGGACUGCAGGCGGCCGCCCGAGGACGCCUGUUCCGCGAGCGGCGGUGGCCGGCGCUGAAGGCCGAGCUGACCGGCCGCCGCCUGCUGUUGUACCGGUCCGCCGGCACGGUCAAGCGAGCGCUGAUGCGGCGGCUGGCCGACGGCGACCGACGGCGGUUCUUAGAGCUGCGGCGCGCCGCGAUCGUGGUCCAGCGCCGGUUCCGGACCCGCAGACUGGCCCGCGAGCACGCCAGAUUGCGCGACGCCGCCGUCGCGGUGCAGCGGCGAUUUCGGGCCAACCGUGCCGCGAGACUUUGCCGAGCGGAGUACUUGCGCGUCCGCGCCGCGGCGGUCCUGCUGCAGGCCCGGGCCAGGGGACGUCGGGCGCGCGUCCGGUGGCCCGCCGUGAAACGCGAUUUACGGGCGCACCGGGACCGUUUGGUGGCGGCCAGCGACACGGUCAAGAGGUUCCUGCGCCGGUGUCUGCCCGCCACCGACGAACGUUGCCGGUACUUGCGCCUCAGACGGGCCGCGGUCGCGGUGCAGACUCGGUACAGGGCCGCGGUGGCGGCGAGACGCGACCGCGCGCACUACCUCCGUCUGAGACGGUGUGCGAUCGUGUUGCAGAGACGGUACAGACGCCGUAAAGCACUCCGAGCGGUGGUCUUGCUGCAGGCACACGCCCGAGGAUGCUUGAUCCGCCGCCAAUGGCCGCGGCUAAGGCACCGUCUGGAGGCCGAACGAAAACUCGAGGCCGACUCUAAGCAGGCGAGUUUCAAGGCUGCGUCCAAAAUACAAGCGGCCGUUAGAGGAUUCUUGAUCCGCAAGAGAUUUCCCGAUAUCAGAGACGAGUUGAUCACUCAGAAACGUUCUCGUGCCAUCACAUUAAUACAGGCCCUUUGGAGAGGUUACUGUGUUCGGAAAAAGUACCAAUGUCGACGCGAAACCGUCAAAAUGCCCAGGAGAAGUGCCCAGACGUUGGGCAGGAGACACAAUGACGUGGUAGAUAUAUUAAACAAGCAAAAAAAAAAUGAAUACUCAUACAAAGAACUGGCAACUGUCUUCUGGAACUUGGACACUUGCACAUCGCUAUCCAAAGAGUUGUGUAUGAAGACGGCUGACGGGGCAAUCGUAGAUUACAUUUUCCAUUUUCUUCAGUAUUCUAACCAAUCACAACCGAGCAUCGAGGCCCGUGAACCUGCCAUCCGGGUACUCAUCAACUUGCUUAGGUACCACGAAACAUCAUGGAUCAUUUGGACAAGGACUGUAAAUGCUGAUAUGGUCAAAGAACUUAUCAAAAUGAUGAAGAUGAGUUGUGGAAAAUUUGGUUCAGCAAAUAAACUGUUCUGUUUAAUAGCUACCUUCAUAUGGAUAGCUUUGCAAGACCCCAAAAAGAAACAAUACUUUAAAAGCAAUCCAAUUGGAGACUUUAAAUAUAUGAUGGAUUCACUAAACAGGAGAUAUAAAACACAAAAAAUAGAAAAGAAAUUAAUGGUAUUGCCAUCAACACGCCCUACAUGGUACAUUGGCUCUAAGUGUCAAAAAUGUUUUGAAUCUGAUCUCUUUGCCACGAUUCAGGUCUGCAAAAUGUUAAACAUCAUAAAAUAAUUGAAACUAUAUUUUUUACUUUUUAUUAUUAAUUUUUAUUGUUUAAGAUCUUUUAUUACUUUUAACUGUUGAGAUUAUUUGAUUGUUUUUUUUUUCUAUUUUAAAAUGUUAUCAAUUAUAUAUAUUACUUUUCUACAUC